ACCACUCUGUGCAACACAGCGUUGGACAAUCCCACGCAGCGAAACAAAACGCAGCUGAUCCGAGCGGCUGUGAAGUUCCUGGAAACUGACACUGUCUGCUAUCGUGUGGAGGAGCCUCCAGCCUUGGCAGAGCUGCAGAAGAAUGAAUGGGAUCCCAUUGUGGCCUGGGCUGAGAAUAGGUACAAUGUGACAAUUGGCUCCUCGACCAGCAUCCUGGGGCCAAACAUCCCAGCCAGCACCAAGGAGACUUUUGUCAGCCAUCUGGCAUCCUACAACAUGUGGGCCCUGCAAGGUAUAGAAUAUGUAAUCACCCAGCUGAAAUCACUGAUCCUGUCCAUGGGCCUGAUUGACAGGCACAUUACAGUAGAGAAAGCUGUGCUGCUGUCUCGCCUGGAGGAAGAAUACCAGAUUCGGCGCUGGGGCAAUGUGGAAUGGGCCCACGACUAUGACCUCUGCGAGCUGCGCGCUCGCACAGCAGCUGGGACUCUCUUUGUUCACCUCUGUUCAGAGAGCUCGACUGUCAAACACAAGCUGUUGCAGGACUGAGGCUGGUGGGCUGGGCACAGGAGGAAAAUGCCCAGCUGGGAAUUGCAGGCCUGACCCAGUGGAUGUUAGCCAUCCUCCUGCUAUCCUGUUUUCCCCGGGAUCAGCGUGGUGUGCUGGGACUUUGUGGGCAACUUCGUACUUGGACUGCCUGCUGCAGUGCAGUGCCAGCAGUUCUGAGCCCACAAGGAGGAAAGGUCAAGGUGAGUAUCCUCAGCAUUCCCAGGACAGCAGCUCCAUCCGUUCCUGGUGUCUGUAACUCAUCAGAGGAGCUCCCACGGAAGAAACAGCUUCCUGGGCAGGGCACGGCACAGACAUACCCAGCAUAUGCCACAUGUCUUCAUAGCUGCCAGCUCCUGACACACACUUGUUAUGGAAAUCUGAAAACAGACUCCAGUGCAUCUGUUGUUCAUCCCUCUGCGUGCCUGUCUGUAACACCAGGGUCUCCGUGUUCCAUUAAAGGCUCAGCCCUGUGAGGUACCAAAA